ACCGGGCAGCAUUUGACAUAGCAUGCCCAUCCUGAGCUCUCUCUGUGAAAGCGGUUGCUAAGAAAAAUGAUUUUGAAAAGGAUCGAAUAAAUAAGGCUUAAGAAAAAGCUCAAGGGACAAUAGAGAGAAGAAGAAACGAAAAACCGAAGCUCUUUGCAGCUGAAAAAAAACGAUUAAACUUUGGGACUUAAAGUGAAUGCUCAGAACUGUUCCUAAAAGAAACCAGAACUGCACUAAAACUGUAGGAGACAUGCCAGAGAAUGCCAGGACCAUCUUCUGAUUUGCUAUCUUGAGGGACUAGAAAAAGGCCCCUCAGAAGAGACUUGAGGUUUUUAAGGAUUUCAGCAGGAGUUUAAACUCUUUCCAAAAUGAACUCCACACAAAAUGAACUCCACUUCCACGGAAUGCACCCCUCUCUCCACUUCUGGAACCACAGCUUUGUUUUACACAGCAAUGCCAAUGACUCCUUCGGCAAAGGUUACCUGGACAGGGGUUGCUACGAACAACUUUUUGUUUCCCCUGAGGUGUUUGUCACUCUGGGUAUCAUCAGUUUGUUGGAGAACAUCCUGGUGAUUGUGGCAAUCGCCAAGAACAAGAAUCUUCACUCUCCCAUGUACUUCUUCAUCUGUAGCUUGGCUGUGGCUGACAUGCUGGUGAGCGUCUCCAAUGGAUCAGAGACUAUUGUUAUCACGCUGCUAAACAGCACUGAGACUGAUGCACAAAGUUUCACAGUGAACAUUGAUAAUGUCAUUGAUUCAGUGAUUUGUAGCUCUCUGCUUGCUUCUAUUUGCAGCCUGCUUUCUAUUGCAGUAGACAGGUACUUUACAAUCUUCUAUGCUCUCCAGUAUCACAAUAUCAUGACUGUUAGACGGGUUGGGAUUAUCAUCACUUGUAUAUGGGCAGCUUGUACUGUGUCGGGCAUAUUAUUUAUCAUUUACUCAGACAGUAGUGCUGUCAUAAUCUGUCUCAUUAGUAUGUUCUUCACCAUGCUAGCUCUCAUGGCUUCUCUUUAUGUCCACAUGUUUCUGAUGGCCCGACUUCACAUUAAGAGGAUUGCAGUUCUCCCUGGCACUGGCACCAUUCGCCAAGGGGCCAACAUGAAGGGGGCUAUUACUUUGACUAUCCUGAUUGGGGUUUUUGUAGUCUGUUGGGCACCCUUUUUCCUCCACCUGAUUUUCUAUAUCUCAUGUCCCCAAAAUCCAUACUGUGUAUGCUUCAUGUCCCACUUCAACUUUUAUCUCAUCCUCAUCAUGUGUAAUUCCAUCAUUGAUCCCCUUAUUUAUGCCCUUCGGAGUCAAGAAUUAAGGAAAACCUUCAAGGAGAUCAUCUGUUGUUAUACUCUGGUGGGUCCUUGUGAUUUGUCUGGCAGAUAUUAAAAUAGUACUUAAUCCUUCAAGGAGUCCUCUCAAUAGAACCUGAACUGCAUGCUUCAUGAGCAGCUUUCUGUAUUGUGUGAUUUGUUCAGUGUAUCACUUGUAAAACAAAAACAAAACAAAUUUAAGAUUGUAAUUUUAUUUUUCAAUGUGAAAAAAUGUACUAGUCUGUAAGUACUUUUGUUUAAAUGCCAUAAAAACUUUUGAGAUGUAAAAAGCUAACAAUAUGCUCAUUUCAGGUUCUCUAUGUUUAAAAAAAAUACAAACUUAUUUAAAACAUAAUUUUUGUCCUUUGGAGGUAUAAAAAAGAGAAUGCUUAUUCAUGUAAUCAAUAAAGAAUUA